AUGACGGGAUCGUCGGGAUGCUGCAGUGAGCAUAUGGAUGUCUUCCUCUACUGUGGUCGUGCAACAAUGAGUAUAGAGCCCCAUAUAGCUGAUAGUAAUCGUCGGGAUCAACCUAUUAUAGGCGAAUCCAAGUGGAAGAUUCUAGACACUGAGGUCGUAUUGAACCCGGAGGUUCUAUACCCUGAGCCCUUAUUGAAUCCGAAGAUUCUAGACCCUGGGGUCGUAUUGAACCCGAAGGUUCUAGACCCUGAGGCCUUAUUGAAUCCAAAGAUUCUAGACACUGAGGUCGUAUUGAACUCGAAGGUUCUAGACCCUGAGGCCUUAUUGAAUCCGGAGAUUCUAAACCCUGAGGUCGUAUUGAACCUGGAGGUUCCAGACCCUGAGGCCUUAUUGAAUCCGAAGAUUCUAGACCCUGAGGUAUUAUUGAACUCGGAGGUUCCAUACCCUGAGGUCUUAUUGAACCCGGAGGUUCCAGACCCUGAGGCCUUAUUGAAUCCGAAGAUUCUAGACCCUGAGGUCGUAUUGAACCCGAAGAUUCUAGACCCUGAGGUCGUAUUGAACCCUGAGGUUCUAUACCCUGAGGCCUUAUUUAAUCCGAAGAUUCUAGACCCUGGGGUCGUAUUGAACCUGAAGGUUCUAGACCCUGAGGCCUUAUUGAAUCCAGAGAUUCUAGACACUGAGGUCGUAUUGAACUCGAAGGUUCUAGACCGUGAGGCCUUAUUGAAUCCGGAGAUUCUAAACCCUGAGGUCUUAUUGAACCUGGAGGUUCCAGACCCUGAGGCCUUAUUGAAUCCGAAGAUUCUAGACCCUGAGGUAUUAUUGAACUCGGAGGUUCCAUACCCUGAGGUCUUAUUGAACCCGGAGGUUCCAGACCCUGAGGCCUUAUUGAACCCGAAGAUUCUAGACCCUGAGGUCGUAUUGAACCCGAAGGUUCUAGACCCUGAGGCCUUAUGUAUUGAAUCCAGAGAUUCUAGACCCUGA